GUCGCCAUUUAGGCAGUAGCACUGGCAGAGGCUGGAGUCAGUCCGUCCGUAAAAGCGGAAAGCAAGCCAGCAGGAGCAUCAUCCAGGACCCAGGCAGCGGGGAGCAGGCAGAGAGGAGCGGAGCAGCGGGAGCAGAGGGCAGGCAGCAGCCAGAACAGGGCACAAGGGGACGUCUCAGGCGGCGGAGCUGCAGCCCCCCUGAUUAAGACAGGGGCUCCUUUCUGGUGGAGGAAACCCCGGGGCAGAGAGCAAGAGGAGCUGGUGCAAUGACAGGCAGAAACUGAAGAGCAUUUGAAGCUUUCUGCUCCCGCACAGAGGUUUUUUCCCCCCUAGCUGAUCAAGUGACGCCCAGAGAAACAUGCCUGAGCAAAGCAACGACUACAGGGUAGUCGUGUUUGGAGCCGGAGGAGUGGGCAAGAGUUCCCUGGUUUUGAGGUUCGUGAAAGGCACUUUCAGAGGCUACAUCCCCACCAUAGAGGACACCUACCGCCAGGUGAUCAGCUGCGACAAGAGCAUCUGCACUCUGCAGAUAACCGACACGACCGGGAGCCAUCAAUUUCCAGCCAUGCAGCGUCUUUCCAUUUCUAAAGGACACGCUUUCAUCCUGGUUUACUCCAUCACCAGCCGGCAGUCCUUGGAGGAGCUCAAGCCCAUCUACGAACAAAUAUGCCAGAUUAAAGGAGACAUCGAAAGCAUUCCGAUAAUGCUGGUGGGGAACAAAAACGAUGAGAACCAGAAUCGAGAGGUGGAAAGCAGUGAAGGAGAAGCCAUGUCUAAGAAGUGGAAAUGUGCCUUCAUGGAGACUUCUGCCAAGACAAACCACAACGUGAAAGAGUUGUUCCAGGAGCUGCUCAACCUGGAGAAACGCAGGACUGUGAGUUUACAGAUUGAUGGCAAAAAGAGUAAGCAGCAGAAAAGGAAGGAGAAGCUGAAAGGCAAAUGUGUGGUGAUGUGAAAUUGCAUUGUCAGAAGUCAGCUGUGAAGUCUUACCUGAGAACACGCAUGUAAAACCUAUAGACACCAAACAACCAUGCAAGAUCCUAUUUAUUAGUAUCUGUUCUGGAAGAAAUCUUUAGAAUUUGAAAAAAAUGAGGUACUGUGGUUGCCGUGACAAAAAUCAACAAAUACAGCAUGCACUCAACGAAAAUAAAUCAGGAAGAAAAGGAAAGAUGCCCCAGGAUUCCUAAUUUUAUUAUUUACAGAAAAGAAGAAUUUUUAUCAUUCUUGUAAUGUGAAAGAGUUAGAAAGUCAACUUAAUAUCAUUUUCAUUUGCAUAUAACUGCAGGAGAAAGUACUGUACAAUGUCAGAAGAAAAUCAAAGAAAUAGUUGUGAAGAAACCUAGAACAUGCAAAUGCAUUCUGGGUGGCAUUAAUCAUUUUCAUUAAGAAUGUUGUGAACAAAAAGUUCUGUGCCAUUUUCACUAGUGACUGGUGGACAGUGUGCAUAGGAGAGUCUUGGAUCUGCCAAAUAAAUGAACUGUUGCACAGCAAAAGGAAGUGUGGGUAUAGCAGCUAAAAGGAACAGAUAUUAUCUCUACCCCUCAGCAUGAUAUUUCUUUCUAGUGGGAUGCAGUAUUUGAACUGAAAGUUUUGGAAAAGGCAGUCCCUGCAGGAGAGAUGGAGAUCAUCAUCUUCUCUGGACUCACCGCUUCAAGAAUGACCAGUGUUUCUGGCCCAAAUACGUUUCAGAAGAGCAGACAUUUGCCUGUGGAGAAUGUCAGAUUGUAUAAAGAUGGUGUACAUGUACAGACAGAAAGUUUCCCCUGGGAGGACUGACUGGGGAGUCCCCUAAAAAGCCUCUGUGGGAAAGACUCAGUUCAAAUGCUGCUGCUGUUUAAGUGAACACAUGGUGUGGUUAGUGAGUGAAUGGAAUGUCUUUUGAACUGGUGAACUGGUGGUACCCUUGGAUAGGGGUCAAUGCAGGAUACAAAGUUUUUAUUCAAAUUAUCAGAUUAAAUAAGUGAUGCUUCUUUACAUUACUAUAUUUCAAUUAGAAUGGGGUUAUGUUUCUGCACUACUAGAUCUACUGCCUUUAUGUUGUCUGGAGAGUUUUAUAUUUGCCAUUUAAAUUCAUGAUUUGAACUGCUGUGACUAUUUAUAGAGCCAAAUCCUAUAUGUGGAGUUAGGGCCCACUGGAGCCUUUAAUAGAAAAUUUUCUGGGAUAAGCACUACAGGAUUUGGCAUAUUAAGGGUUGCAGUCAGCACUGUGUUACAAUGCAAUACAAAAUUCAGAAUAGAAAACCAAAAUAUUUCAAACACUCUGUCAGGGGAAACUACUCUCCUAAAAACCUUAAAAAGGGGAAAAAUUGUACAAAAUGUGAGCUUUCCUGGGUGUAUCUCCAAAGCUUUCUUAAAUACUAAUAUGAAUGACAGAAGUAUGAAUCCUACUGAUAACAAAGCCCAUCUAAGACAGAAUAAGCACAUACAGUUUUUAAAGGACACAUUAAAAUUGCAUAAGUCACAAUUUGCACCUUAGGAACUGUUUUGAACCAAUAAAAAAGCCUACCAUACUUUUAGUAAAUGUUUAUGUCAAGAAACAUGGGAAAAUGAAGUCAAGUACCAAUAUUAUUAGCAUGCAUGCUGUUGCAUUAUAAAUACCUUCCAGGAGAUGCUCAAAUGCAGUAGUUGCAUUGAAAAUUGCUACCUUGUUUCUCUCAGAGUUAUUGCUUGCUUACCUUCCACCUUUCUAACAGCUGUGCAGGUAUUUCAUAAGUAGAGUGAUAGUAUACAUUUCUUUGAGCAAGAAUUGCUAUUAGCACUGUCUAGAAAGGAGCACAACUUUUGUCAUUCACUCAGAAGAAAUUCUGGCACCAGUAGAAUCAAAUGGGAAGCUCCUACUGAUUUCAGAAAGACUUUUUUGUGUGCGCUUUCUUCAUUGCAUUAGAAGAGAAAACUAUAAAGAGCAGGGAAAAAAGUUAAGGUUCUUCAUUGACAAUAAAUUCCUGGCUCUUACACAACACUCUUUCUCCAUAAAUCUCAAAGCACUUUUUGCAAAAAAGGACAGCAUCAUUAUCUUAACUUCUCAGGUGGUGAAAGUGAGGCAUGAAGAGAGGAAACAGCUGCACAUAGGUUGCCCAGUGGGUUAGUGGCAGACCCAGGAACAAAGGCAGAUCUCCUCUGUCGCAGUUCAGUGCUCACUCUGUGUUUUGUCAGACUGUCUCUUCACAUUCUUAAAUAGUUUCUGAAACACAUAAAGAAGCCUGGUUUGGCUUACACAGCCAAGUGCAUCUUUCUUGACUGUCUGUCAAUAAAUCAAACAGUAUUUCCAGAUCAGGGAUGCAAAGCAUUUAAAAGCACUACGUUUAGUAAGACUUUUAUAAAUGUUUAUACAUCGACCGUGUAUAAAAAAACUUGCUGAUGAUACUCAACGUCACAGCAUUGGAUCCUGUGGAUGAAGCUGGGGAAAAAAACCA